AUGUCAUUGAAACUCAACGGCCAUCUACAGUCUCUCUGUACCCAGCGUGUCCUCCUCACCCUCGCUGAAAAGGGAGUAAAGGAUUUUGAACUGGUCUCAGUUGAUUUCAUGACAGGGGAGCACAAGCUGCCAGCAUACACUGAGAAGCAUCCAUUCGGCCUGAUCCCACUGCUCGAGGAUGGCGACUUUAAGCUUUUUGAGUCAAGAGCUAUUGCCCGCUAUAUCGCAACCAAGUUUCAUGGCCAGGGUACUCCUCUUACUCCUGCACCUGGCGAUGUCCAGAGCUGGGCCCUGUUUGAACAAUGGGCCUCUGUUGAGCAGAACUUCACCGCUUAUGCUGAUCAGAUCCUGACGCAGAAAUUGUGGAAUGGCUUUAGGGGUCUUCCGACUAUCGAAGCCGCCUUGGAAGAUAGCACCACUCGUCUUGAGGCCAAGCUGGAUAUUCUUGACACCAUUGUCGGUACGCAGAGGUACAUGGGUGGUAAGGAAUUCUCCCUUAUCGAUAUCUACUAUAUUCCUAUCGUGAACAUGCUCUAUACGGCUGGUAUGGGAUUCCUGUUUGACAAGCGCCCAAACUUGAAGGCUUGGUGGGGGAGUGUCUCGAGCAGACCUACUUGGACCAAGAUCCUCUCGUCCUGA